CACCUUCCAGAUUAUAUAUAUACUACUUUCCUUCUUUUUCCCCCAUUAAAUAUCCCCUAUCCCUCUCUACUUUCUCUUUUAUAUCUUCAAAAUCCCUUUACCCCCAAAUUUCUCUCUCUCGAGACUGCUUCUUCCCUUUUUAUGCUUCCCUUCUGCCAUUGCUCUUCUUCUUCAAAAUGCGGAUGAGUUGUAACGGUUGCAGAGUCCUUCGCAAAGGUUGUAGUGAAAAUUGCAGUAUUCGUCCUUGUUUGCAGUGGAUCAAGACUCCCGAGUCUCAGGCUAAUGCUACCGUUUUUCUUGCCAAGUUUUACGGCCGUGCUGGACUUAUGAAUCUCAUCAACGCUGGUCCUGAUCAUCUCCGUCCUGCCAUUUUUAGAUCUCUUCUCUACGAGGCUUGUGGAAGGAUUGUGAAUCCGAUUUACGGGUCGGUUGGAUUGUUGUGGUCUGGUAGUUGGCAGCUUUGUCAAGCGGCUGUUGAGGCCGUACUUAAAGGUGCUCCGAUCACGCCGAUCAACUCCGAGACAGCGGCUACGGGCGAUGGACCGCCCUUGAAAGCCUACGACAUACGUCACGUUUCCAAGGAUGAAAACUCCGUAGCGUCCAACGAUGGUGGAGUCAUUCGGCCAGUCAAGACGCGGUGCCGGUUCAAGCGGUCGUCUGCGAAGGCGAAAGCGAGUAAAGGAAUCGCCUCCACCGUUGUUGAUGAGUCAACUCGACCGCUCUGCUCUACCGAGUUGAACAGGUCGUCGAGUGGUGAGUCGUCGUUGAGUCACCAAUCAGAUUCGCGGCAUCUGGAGAACGAGAGUAAAGAAACGGAGAGCAUGAUUUCAGUGGAGACGGCGGAGGUUUCUCCUCCUUGUCCGGUGCAGUCGGUUUUGUUCCGAUCGGAAUCAACGGGGCGCGAGAGCGUUGCAGUGCCAAUUCCGCGAAGUGAAUUAGCUCUGGAAUUAACCCUGGGGAUGGAGCCGGUGUUACGUGCCCAGCACGUGAUUCCAAUGAAGAAACGAAAGAUAGAAACCGACGUUGGGUUGAGGCCCAAAAACGAGACGUGCAAUACUGUUUUAGGCCUUGAUUUUGCAGCCUGAAAUGGUGGCCGAAUAAUGAGCCCAAGCACAUAACAACGACAAUAAUAAUAAGAGAAAAAUAAAUAAGAAUAAAAUGAGAGAACAAUUUUGACGGCGGGGAUUGGCUAUCUUCGGUGGCAUAGAAGAGAAGAGAUCUCGACCAUUUGUUUAGUUGGUUCCUUUGUUUGACGGUUUAGUCUUCAUUGAAAUUUACUGUUUUCCCUCUCCCCUCUUGUAUCGAGUUGGUUACUUUUUGUGUAUAAAAAAAAGUGGUCGCAAAUGUGUAUAGGAAAGGAAUAUGCUGUAAAAAUGCAACAGGAGGCGAAAUGGUUUUUAGGUUUUCUUUUCCUUUUCUUUUUCCCCAAAAUUUUCUAAAAAUAUUUUGAAGUUUGGUAUCAAAUAAUGGACAUUCAGCAUUAAUUUAAA